UUUUCCGGCAGGGAGAAGGGAACGGGGUGGGGGACCACUUCCCACCCCAAGACAGAGGGGGCUCGAAGUGGUGAAGAGGAUGGGGAGCCGUCGGGCCAUGCACCUUCUCUGGCUCUCCCUCCCUCCCUCUCUCUCUAAAUUAAGACUGGAAUGCUCAUACCCUGUGCCGGUCUGUAAUUGCUCCCUCCCUCUCCCUCUCUCUCUUUCUCUUUCUCUCUCGCGUUGUGAAUGAUGGAGGCGUCAUUGAUGGCUCUGGAUGUGGACGACGAGUACGAGAAGCUUGUCAUACGAAUGAAUCCACCAAGGGUUGCUGUUGACAACAGUUCUUGUGAGAAUGCAACUUUGGUGAAGGUUGAGAGCGCCAAUAAGCAUGGAUGCCUGCUUGAGGUCGUGCAGGUUUUAGCGGAUUUCAACCUUACAAUUAACAGGGCAUAUAUUUCCUCUGAUGGAGAGUGGUUCAUGGAUGUUUUUUAUGUUACUGACCAGAAUGGCAACAAGGUGGUCGACGGAGAGGUCAUCAACAGAAUUAAGCAGUCACUUGGAACUUGGACAUGCACUGAACCAACUUUGGGAAGGUCAAUUGGCGUACAGAAUGCUGCAAAGCAUACAUCCGUUGAGCUAACUGGGCGUGAUCGUCCUGGACUGCUCUCUGAGGUUUUUGCGGUUCUCACAGAUCUCAAAUGCAAUGUGGUGGCUGCUGAAGUUUGGACUCAUAACUCAAGAAUGGCGUCACUGGUUUACAUAACUGAUGAAUCCACUGGAUUUCCCAUAGACGAUCCUGAGCGGCAAGCAAAAAUCAAGAAAAUGUUGAGGAAUGUCCUUAGGGGUGACCAGGAUAAACGCAGUGCAAAAACGGCAGUCUCAUUUAGUUUAACUCAUACAGGUCGGAGACUACACCAGAUGAUGUACGCUGAUCGUGACUAUGAGCUCAACCGUCUAAACAGUGGUUUGGAAGAUAACAAUGACCGGACCCGACCUCUGGUGACUGUUGAGAAUUUCUUGGACAAGGGAUACUCUGUUGUGAACUUGCGAUGUAAGGAUCGGCCGAAGCUGUUAUUUGAUACAGUUUGCACUCUAACUGAUAUGCAGUAUGUUGUCUACCAUGCCACUCUCAUUGCUGAGGGCUCAGAAGCAUUUCAGGAGUACUAUAUAAGACAUAUGGAUGGAUGCACUGUGAACUCAGAAGCAGAGAGGCAACGAUUGAUCCGUUGCUUGGAGGCAGCCAUUCGAAGGCGAAGUUCCGAGGGGCUGAGACUUGAACUAUGUGCGGAAGAUCGGGUUGGACUGUUAUCAGAUGUAACGCGUAUUUUCAGGGAGAAUGGCCUCUCAGUUACUCGGGCCGAGGUUACAACACGUGGCUCGCAGGCGGUGAACAUGUUCUAUGUCAAGGAUGCAUCAGGAAACUCAGUGAGGAGCCAGACCAUUGAAACUGUACGCAGUGAGAUAGGCCAGACUAUACUUCAAGUAAAGGACCUGAGUGCUAACUCAAAAUCCCCUUCACGUGAGGGUGGAAAGUUUUCGUUGGGUAGUCUCUUUAAAUCAAGAUCAGAAAGAUUUCUCUACAAUUUGGGUCUCAUAAAGUCAUAUUCUUGAAAGAAAGACAAGAAUCAAUUUCCUGUUGGUUUCUCAGGACAUGGCCAUCCCUGCCCACAUGUAAAUUUGUGUAUAUAAACAUUCAGUGUACACCAUCCAUGGAUUCCUUUCUCCCCUUUUUUGUCUUUUCCUUUCUGUUGUUUCGCUAAUGGCCAUUGUUGCAAUUGUGAUUGAAUAGGAAUCAUAACCCCAAAAGGAUUCCCAAGGGUUCAACUUGAGAAUCUGCUCUGUGAUUCAAGGUUAACUAUUGUUCCCAAUUAUGACA